AUGUUGCAAAAACGCCGCAUUCAGCAAAUCGACGCCCCUUCUCGGCAGGGCUACGAUGCCAUCUUCAAUGCCAAGUUUCUGGAGGAUAUCCCUGAUGCAGUUUCACAAUGGCAGAGCCACCGCAUCAUGCUUGUGGCUAGCAAGGGACUAGCUGCAAAUAGCGACAGAAUCUCUAGAUUGCAAGAAACUUUGGGCUCCAAGUUGGUACAUACAAAGCUAGGCGUCCGAACUCAUACACCUUACGCCGAUGUUCGGGACAUCGCCAUCAACAUCCAGAAACACAACAUCGACUGUGUCAUCAGCGUGGGCAGCUGUUCCUAUAGUGACGCCUGCAAGAUUGCUUCUCUGCUGGCAAACAACCUACCCUCUGACUUUAGUGUCGAUGACAUGGAAAGCUUGGUUGACAAGGACCGAGGAAUUGCGGAUUCAAGGAAUGGAAGUCCAUUGCAACCUCGACAGUGCAAACUACUUGUCGUUCCAACUAGUUUGUCUGCAUCCGAAUGGAACGCUGUGAGUUCCGCUACAAAUAGUCAGGGAAAGAAGCAGCAUUUUGGCCUCUGGGACCAAGGUCAACCUGAUCUCAUCUUGUUGGACCCUGAAUUGGCUAGCACAAGUCCUGAGGAUCUUUGGCUGAGCAGUGGCGUACGCUGCAUAGACCAUUGCGUUGAACUCAUGUGCAAUCCGUUGUCCAGUGAGAAGGGAUAUGAAGGAGUGAAUGUGCAUGCGGAGGAGGGUCUGAAAUGCAUGGUUGCGGGUUUGACAGAAUAUAAACAGGCAAAAGGCAAAGGCGAAUCUGGAUCCCAAGACGAAGAUCACGACUUACUCCUCAAGGGCAUUUCGGAGUGCCAAUUCGGGUCAAGAGAGGCUUUGACCGGCCUGUUAAUCUGGAGGGUUCCCAUGGGUCCAAGCCAUGCAAUUGGGCAUCAGCUUGGCUCAGUGGCAAAAGUAAUGCAUGGUAUAACUAGCUGCAUCAUGUUGGCGCCAGUCCUCCGUUGGCAACUAGACAACUUGAAAAAUCCUCAUUACCAACAGUCGCAAGCCAGAAUUCGAGAUAUUUUUAACAACACUCUGGGCUGGCAAGAAGUUACUGCUUCCGAUGCUAUUGAGAAGUUUGUCAAAAGUCUCGGCCUGCCAAGCAAAUUGAGCGAGGUCAAUGUCACGUCGGAUAAGGAAGUGAGGAAGAUAGCGGACAAAACAAUGACUGAUGUUUGGGGCGGUGGCAAGAGACAAAUGGAAUUGGAAGAUCUGUUGACAGUUCUGAAUAGCGCCAGGUAG